AGUACGUCUCAACACCUGUGUUAUGUUUGGUCCUUGAUCUCUGGCGUUCAUACUUUACAUGGUGUCAGAAGUUAACCGGUGUAAGAAAAAUGGCACAGUUACAGCCGCCAUCUGCGCUUAGUUUUGAAGGCAACAUAGCCGAAAACUGGAAGCUGUGGGAGCAGAAGUUCGACUUGUUUCUGAUCGCUAGUGGAAUAGCAGAAAAAUCCAGCAAAGUCCAGUGUGCUACCUUCCUGCAUGUCGCUGGGGAGGAAGCAGUUAAAAUCUACAACACUUUCUCGUUCGAGGAGGCUGAAAAGGACAAACUGGAUGUGCUGAAGAAAAAAUUCAAAGACUACUGUGAACCAAGAAAAAACGUAACGUACAUUCGUCACUUGUUUUUCACGAGAGCACAAGGCCCCAACGAAAGUAUUGAUGCAUAUGUUACUGACUUAAAAAACAAAGCAAAAGACUGUGAAUUCCUGGAUCUACAUGACUCGUUGAUACGAGACCGAAUUGUUUGUGGCGUGCGCGAAGAUCAUGUGCGUGCAAGACUGCUUAGAGAAACGGGCUUAACCUUGGUAAAAGCCAUUGAUAUCUGCCGCGCUAAUGAAAUGACUGUGACCCAAGUAAAAGCGCUCAAUGAAGAAGUUGAGGUGAGCAAAAUAAGGAGUGUCAGUCAUUCCAAGACCGCAGACAGACGCAAGACGUUCGGGAAUGAUUACAGGGCCAGAACGAAUGUGACUGGAAAUGAGCAAAAAGUGAGACAAUGUUUCAAGUGCGGAUAUGAACACAGUCCAAGCAAAUGCCCGGCGUACGGUCAAACGUGCAGGGUAUGCAAUAAGCAGAAUCAUUUCGCUAAAAUGUGCAGGCAAGCAAAGCAGCAAGCCAGCGGCUAUAAUGCAAGGAAGCUGCACGUAGUCGAAGUGGAUGAUGAUGAUGAUGAUGAUUUCUUUGUUGGUUCUGUGGAAUUGAAACGAGAAGAAAAUCCGGUCAAAAUAGAAACAAUUGCAACUGAGACGAAAAGUGACAAAGCCAGAUGGACUGAAAGGCUGAACAUAAAUGGCCAAAAUGUUAGUUUUAAACUUGAUACGGGAGCCGAGUGUAAUGUUCUAGCUGAGAGAACUUUCAGAUCACUCGGAUGCAACACGACAUUGAUGAAAAAAUCAGGAUGCAAGUUGGUGACGUAUUCUGGCCACCAGAUGUCGCCAGUGGGUAAAGUAACACUUACCUGCAAAUACAAAGAAAUUAAGCAUGAGAUUGAUUUCCAAAUUAUUGAUCGUGAUGCACCAGCAAUACUGGGCAGAGAGACAUGUGAAGCAUUAGGCAUGAUCAAAAGAGUGCAUGAAAUUAAAUCAGAAGAUGAGUUGUUGAACAAAUUUGAUGAUCUGUUCACUGGUCUUGGCUGUCUACCAGGCCAACACCACAUCCAGAUAAACAAAGACAUACCACCAGUCGUGCAUGCACCAAGGAGAGUUCCAGUGGCCUUGAAGAGCAAAAUAGUGGAGGAACUACAGCGAAUGGAGAAGCUAGGUGUGAUCACCAGACAGCAUGAACCAACCGACUGGGUGAACAGUAUGGUAACAGUGGUGAAGCCAAAUAAAAUAAGAAUCUGCAUAGACCCAAAAGACCUUAACCAAGCCAUUAAGCGCGAACACUACCCACUGCUCACAGUGGAAGAGGUGGUGUCAAGCAUGCCGAAAGCAAAAGUUUUUUCAGUGGUAGAUGCAAACCAUGGGUUUUGGCAGAUACAAUUAGAUGAAGAGAGUUCCAAAUUAUGCACGUUCAACACGCCUAUUGGCAGGUACAGAUUUUUGCGCUUACCUUUUGGCGUAUCAUCAGCUUCUGAAGUGUUCCAGCGUGCUGUCGCACAAAUGAUUGAAGGCUUGGAUGGUGUGGUCAACGUGAUCGACGAUCUUCUGGUCUGGGGAGAGAACGACGAGGAGCAUGACAGACGGCUUGUGCAGCUGCUGAACAGAGCAAGAGAGUGGAAUCUCAAGCUUAACAAAAGCAAGUGCAAGAUCAGAACACCAGAAAUACGGUACAUAGGCCACAUCCUAUCAGCAGAGGGUCUCAAGCCUGAUCCUGAAAAAGUGAGAGCUGUGGCGCAAAUCCCUACCCCAGAGAACAAACAGGCUCUCAUGAGAUUCAUGGGGAUGAUCCAGUACCUUGCCAAGUUCAUUCCCAACAUGGCUGAGGUCAGCGCGCCACUCCGAAAACUGCUGGAAAGUGAUGUAGACUGGCACUGGGAAGAUGGUCAGGUGAGAAGUUUUGAAAAACUCAAGUCAUUACUGACACAUGCACCAACAUUGAAAUUUUAUGAUGUACAAAAACCUGUGACACUCUCUGUAGACGCCAGUUCUGAAGGCAUUGGAGCAGUUUUAAUGCAGGAAGGAAAACCUGUUGCCUAUGGAUCGCGUGCACUGUCCGAUGCACAGCGCCGUUAUGCACAGAUAGAAAAAGAGCUGUUAGCCAUUGUCUAUGGAUGUGAAAAAUUCCAUCAGUAUGUAUAUGGCAAAGACAUUCUGGUUGAGAGUGAUCACAAGCCCCUGGAGGCUAUUUUCAAAAAGGCUCUGUACCAAGCUCCAUCAAGGCUGCAGAGGAUGCUGCUUAGACUGCAGAGAUACAGCCUUAACAUAGUGUACAAGCCAGGCAAAGAAAUGCACAUCGCCGACGCCCUGAGCCGUGCAUUCCUGAAUGAGCAGACUGAGGACUUGCUUGGAGAGGAACUGGAAGUCAACUGGGUCACUCAACAGCUACCAGUGUCUGAGGAGAAGCUGAACAUGUUCCGAGAGGCAACUGCUGCUGAUCCCGAAAUGCAACUGCUGCACAAAGUAGCAAUGAAUGGCUGGCCCAAAGACAUAAAUGCAGUUCCCAAAGACAUUCAAGCGUACUGGACAUACAGAGAAGAGAUCAGCUGUUCAUCAGGACUGCUGUUUAAAGCUGCAAAGCUCAUCGUGCCGAACCAGCUGCGUGGAGAGAUGCUGAGCAAGAUCCAUGAAUCACAUCUUGGAGUGGUCAAGUGCAAGGAGAGAGCGAGGGAUGUGCUAUACUGGCCAGGCAUGGAAUCCCAGACCGUCUGGUCUCUGACAACGGCCCGCAGUAUUCCUGUGCAGAGUUCAGACGUUUCGCUGGAGACUGGGACUUCAGACACCUUACUUCAAGUCCUGGGCAUGCACAGUCCAACGGGCAGGCUGAGCGAACGGUGCAAACCGUCAAAAACCUCCUCAGGAAAGCACAAGAUGGGAAUGGAGAUCCCUACAUCGCGCUGCUGGAAUACCGCAACACUCCACUAGAGGGCGUCGGGUACUCUCCAGCACAACUCCUAAUGGGCCGGCGCUUGAAGUCAAAACUGCCUACAACAACAGCUCUGCUGACUCCUGAAAGUAGCAUCCAGGUCAGUGACAAGCUGAAAGAAAAACAACUGAAACAGAAAAGCUACUACGACAGACAGACAAGGUGUCUUCCUGAUCUACACAAAGGAGAAAGCGUGAGAGUCCAGCGAAAGGAUGGAUGGCAGCCUGCUGUUGUCCUUCACAAACAUGAGCAACCAAGGUCAUUCGUUGUUCAGACUCCAGAUGGCAGCACCUAUAGGAGAAACAGAAAACAUCUACGAAAGACCAGAGAAACAGAGUGUGCAACGCCGAUGGCCGAUGCAGACAUUGACAUCAAGCCUGAGGUGAGUCACUCCAACACACAGGUGAAAACUGAAGAUGAGGAAACAGCUGACUCCAAACCGCAGCUGGAAGGUGACUACUUCACACGGUCUGGCAGACAAGUAAAGGUACCAGACAGAUAC